UUUUUUUUUCUUUCUUUCCUCUUUUUUCAUAUAUAUAUAUAUAUACACACACAUACAAUGAACUAUACAAAUAUGAAUACAGACUGGCAAACACCUUUACAAGAACCAGUUGCUUUUGAAGACUUUCAGUUUAGUUUAGGUCUUGACCCUGAGUUUGCUAUGCCUAUCCCAUUAGAUAUGGCACCACCACCACUACCACUACCACCACCACAACCCAUGACAGACGAUUUCUUUUUCAGUUCAAUGGAGCCACAACCACCUAUGCCUCCUCCAAUGGCUGUAUUGGACGAACAAGAUCAUAAAGCGUUUAGUCAAUUUCUAGACCAGUUUUUUGUAGACCCACAUAUGCAACUCGAUCCACUUGGGAUACAAGAAGAUGAAGCGUAUCGUCAAUCAAGUAUUCUACAAUCAUUAGAUGAUCAUCAUCAAAAGAGACGUAAACAAGGUGGUGGAGGUGCUAUAAGAAGAGGCAAACCACAUAAAGAACUACUCACAGAAGAAGAAAAACGCAAUAAUCAUAUUGCGUCUGAGCAAAAGAGACGCAGUAUGAUCCGAUCAGGAUUUAAAGAUCUGACUGAUAUUGUGCCUACACUUAAGAAUAUCAAUAACUCAAAAAGUACUGUCUUAUUUAAAGCAGUGGAUUAUAUCAAAUACCUUGAGAAGCGAAACAAGGGUCUAAGAGACAAAAUCAAGCAUUUACAAGUACGGGUGGAAGUAGAAGGCAGAAUGCAACUCCUACCCAUCACAAAAUCACAUGAAUAUGAUCAAACACAGGCUGCUCUUUUACAACACAAGACACAGCAAAAACAAUUGAUGGAAUUACAAGAGAAAUUACAGUUACAUCAAAAAGUGUUGGCUCAAAAGAACUAUCGUAAAGAAGGUAGUGAAUUAUUAAAAGCCUAACUGUAUAUUUAUUAUUAUUAUUAUUAUUAUUAUUAUUAUUAUUAUU